UUUCGUCAGACCAUUUCUCAGAAAUAAGAAAAGCGUCAAACGUUGAGCUAGCUGCACAUUAUUCUACAGCUUGUUCGUUCUUUCUAACUAAACUCUCAAGCAAAGCACACUUUUUUGAUGCUAUUAUACAUACUAAACUUAAAAAAAAAACACUAAAAAAGCUUCCAAAAAGUGCGUAAAGAUUACAUUAACUGAAAAUUUGUUUUGAUACAUUUUCCUCCAGCUCCGGAGCUGAAUGUUUUUGCAACAAAGUGUGUUUGUAUUUAAGGAAACGUUGGAACUGCAUAGUUGAAACAAAACUUUCUGGUGAAAAGUUUGUUCGGCAAACCGAAGGGUCAAAAAGCUGCAUCCUUUGUUGCCUGACUAACUAUAGCGCACAAAUAUUCAAAUAUUGCAAAUCCAACUAAAUAUUAAAUAAGCGGUUUCCUGUCGCAGUUUUAGUUUGAGUUGCAUUUAUAGUUGCAAUUUCAAUUUAAUUUUCAUAUUACCAGAUUUUCUUAUUCAACUCCAAUUUAACUCCAAGUUAAUUUUCUUGUUACGAGACAAGACAAUUGAAUACCAUUUCGCUGUUUGAUUAGUUUUGGUUUCAGUUGUUAGUUCCACAAAACAGUUUGUUGGCUUUUAUGAUUAAAUUUACUUUGUCUGGCCUGCAGAACCUGCUUCACAUAAACGGUGAAAAUAGUUCCAACUGAUGCCGUAUCGCGGACGGGACAAUAGUAGCGCCCGGUCUGCAGUCAGUGCGGCAGAUGAUGUCCCCUAUCGACCCCCAUCCCAAGCUCAGAGCUCUACUGGUGCAGUAGGAGGUGAUUUUUUCGAUGACUUUGGUCAAUCACGGCAUAUCGCGAGAGGUAGAAGAAAUCCACAAAGAAAUAGCACCAACUACGGUGGCUAUACAAGAUCACAAAGCAGGUCAAAUGUUAAUCGUCGAGGUUUUAUUCCACAGCCUUUUAACUCCAUUAAUCAAAAUCAACGUGGCGGGAGGUUUGAUGUUCUUCAACCAAACUCUGGAAGAGGCAAGUCAAAGAAAAAGUCUAGAGCAGCCAAUAAUUGCGGGAAUCCUUUAGCACAGCCACAAGGAAGCUCCUACCAGCAACUAAAUGCCAGCAAUCGAGGCAAACCAAAUAACCAAGGGAAUCAUGGGGAAAUGGGAUCGUCCAGUCGUGAAACUAAUGGUAACCAGAAUGUAGCCGGAUCCACCUCGCGUGAUCAUAAUACAGAAAACACCCCCAAACCACCUCAAACGUACUUUCCAGGACUAAACGGCGUAGUUUUUAAGCUCUACGAAACGUAUGGAUUCAUACUCAUUGACCAAAACGCGCCGAGCGAAGUUAAAUCUCUGAGCACAGAAGGAAAAUUAUAUUUCAAGCUGAAUGCGUUUCGAAGCUCGACCAGCUCAUUGCUAUUGAAUGAAAAAGCACACGUAGUCUUUGCGGUCAAAAUUUUUUCACCCGAACACAGCCAUGACAAUCAACGGUAUGAAGUUCAAAACGUGAACUUGAAACAUUUCAGAACUGAAGAUGAAAUUUUCAACAUCAGCGGUUGUUUUACAAGGGAUGCAAGUUUGUCAGAAAGCUCGAAUCUAAAAGAUGGGAGUCAAAAUGCAAAAGUUUCUCAUAUUAUUUGCGAAGCAACUAUUGUAUCUUGGAUCUCGUCAAAAGAAAUUUGCUUUGUUAAACCUAAAAUUCAGAUGCCCUCAGUUUUCCGACCCGAAAAUUUUUUUCUCCAUUUCUCAAAAUUACUGCAUUUGAAUCUAGACUUAAUUCCAGGAGAUACGCUUCAAGUAUCAAUUGACCCAGCUAAAGCUGUUAAAAUGCAAAUUGAACAUGCUUCACUGCUCGAAUUAGUCUUUGAAAGACAUCGAAAUUCUGAUAGCGUCUUUCGUCUGGCAAAAAGCAUCACUGAAUUUUUGAAACAGUCGGAUGAAAAUGAAAAAACUCUGAUCGAACAGUUUGCGAGCAAUUUGCCUGUAAAGGCAGCACUGAAGUUGUUUUCAGCUAAAUCGGCAAAGUUGAAUCAGAAAGCAAAGCAAACUGUUCUCGAAGCUUCGUUGGGCCUAAUGGAGUUUUGUCUGAAAAAUUUUGGAAGCAACUACAAUAAAGAGCUUAUCGAAGUUCUAAUGAAUGAAGGCUUCUUCGACAAGAACAAGCCGUUUCAUAAUUUCCUAAUGUCUGCAAAGACAGAAAAUCAAUCACCUAAUCAGAAAUUAGGGUGUUCUUCUUCGAGCGACGAGCAUGGUUAUAUCGAAGUUUUAGACCUGGCCAACAUAUCGCAAUUUCUGAUCGAAAUUGUCCUGAUUUUCCCCAAUUGUGGCAGGAAGAUACAUAAGCUUCUAGCUGCCAACCCUGAAGCAUUUACGACUCAGUUCUACCUCGAUUUCAUUGAGGUCAUUACCAAACCGUUCGCUGUUCGAGUUGAAGACAUGACUUACAAAGAGGUGAAAUUAGUCCCUUCGACAGAAGAGUUGAACCAGAUUAUGGUGGAUGAGCGAUCGUUUCUCAACAUUACCCCUGUGGUCGUCAAGGGUGCCUAUGAUUCAGUCGAGUCUUAUGUGGAGACAUACUUUAACUUGUUGCGAUAUGACUGCUUCUUCAAUUUACUUGUGGGAAUCAAGAAUUACCUCAAGGGUGAUUUAGAUCUCAGGGACAUGAAUGUAGCCACAGAAGGAGUUUUCUUCGCGCUCAGUUUCAUACAAAACUCGAUGACAAACGUGUUUGUGGUGACUGCAAAGCUACUAAGGCGCCAAAUGUUUUCGAACAAUCUACUUGACAGCAGAGCCUUCAUGUUUGGCAACCUUGUAGCAAUAUCAAGUACGGGUCUCUUCAAUGACAUCAUUUGGGCGACAGUGUACCAUCGAAAUGACACUCUGAAUAAUGGCUAUGUCACUGUUUUCCUUGAAUACGCGAGUGAAGUCAAUGAAAAGUCCUUCAUUGACGCCCUGGAACUCCUAAUCCGCAGUUCUGGAUCAUGUGUCAUUGCAGAGUCGCCCACUUACUAUCACUCGUACAAACCAGUUCUGAAAUCGAUUCAGAGUCUAAAUGCGAGCAACUUGCCAUUCACAGAAGAAUUGGUGAAUGGAGUGAAACCCAUAUCCGAAGCGCCACAUUUGGACAUGAAGUUCACUCGAGGAUUGCUGUUCAAAUGCGAAUGCGAUAAAAAAAUUGUUCCCUCGUACAGAUCUGUGGCACUUGAUUGCAAACAUAACAGACCAAUAAAGGUUGAUGAGUAUGUGGACUUUGAUACAGAAGAUGACGACGAAAAGAGUGUUCUAGACCCAAGCCAAACGAUAGCGAUAAAAAGUCUUCUGAGCAACAGAAUUGGAAUUGUCCAGGGACCCCCAGGAACAGGAAAGACGUACCUGGGCGUCCAGUUGACCAAUGUUCUCCUAAAUCUCAAAAAUUUCAGAGACGAACCAGCAAUUCAGGGUCCAAUUCUGAUCUUGACAUAUAAAAAUCAUGCCUUAGAUGAGUUUUCCAAGCAUAUUUUGGAAAACUGGAGCGUUUUUCGUGAGCAUGGAUCCUUUAUCAGAGUGGGGGGUCGAUCCAAAGACGCAGAAAUGCAGAACUACUCAAUCAAUAAAUUUAUCAACCGAAGCGGAAACAUUGAACACGGCUUGAGAAAAAAACGUGAUGAACUUACCCAUGAGUUACAAGAAGCUAUUCAACAGUUUUGUGGUAAAUGCAUGCAGUUAGAUCACCAAGUUGCUCUCAAACACUUCGACAAUGUUCAAAUCGAAAAUCUAUUGAAAAAGUUUUCGGACAUAGAUGCUGGGUUUAGGAAAGAGCUGGAGGCAAUGAUAAAGCAACACAAUGGGCUCGAAAACAUUGGAGCAAUUCUGUUUUCGUUGUUGUCGGAGGACAGAUUUUACCAACCUGGAAUUGAAAAUCUAGAGAAUCUGUUCAAUUUGGCGUUCGAGGCUUGGCUUCCUUGUGACGAUAUCACUAAUCAAAUCAAAGACCUUGAAAGCCAAAAGAAGUACGAAGCUAUCAAAAAAGCAAAGUUGUAUGAAAGACUCAAUGAGUCACAUACAAAUCAAGCCGAUGACGAGGAGCUGCAAGAUGACCCGGUUGCGAUUCAAAGACUGAUCGAGGAACGGUACGAAGCCGCUGGGGUUUCAGUUGAUCGAGGGAAAGAAAUCCGUCUAACUCGUAUAUCGUGGAGCGUCGAAAACGCCGACAGUCCUUACGAAACAAGGAAGUACCCAAGAUGUUUGCAAAGCUUGGGUCUUGUUUCCAAGAUAAUUGCUGCGAAAACAGACCUGGGCAAUUUGAGAUACAUUUCAAAUCCCUGGGACUUAAGUGAAACUGAGAGACUUCAUUUCUUACAAGCAAUGUUGUUAAGACAGAGCGAACUAGCAUCCGAGAAGUUGAAAAGUCUGUUUAACGAGUACGAAAACUUAAGUGAACAAAUUAGGAAGCUUGAAAAGUCACGUGAAGCGGAAGCGCUUAAGAAUGCACGCGUAAUUGCGAUGACAAUUACUGGCGCCGCUUUUCGGAACGAUGUUUUGAAUGCUGUUAAACCCUCAGUCAUAAUAGUUGAAGAAGCAGCAGAAAUAAACGAGGCUCAAUUGAUUGCUCUUUUAGGCGAACAUGUGCAAAAUUUGAUCUUGAUCGGAGAUCAUAAACAACUCAGAACUCAAAUAGAGUGCUUCACAUUAGUGAAAAAGUUCAAUUUUGAUGUGAGUAUGAUGGAACGGUUGAUCAAUAACAACUUACCAUUCGCGACUCUGGCGGCUCAAAACCGAAUGAGAACUGACAUUUCAAAGUAUCUUCGCGAUAUCUACCCUGACUUACAGGAUAACCCGCGCGUUCUUACGAUCAAACCAGUGAACUGUAUGGAAACUAACUGCUUCUUUUGGAACCAUAACUGGCCAGAAACUUCCGGAAGAAGUCAUUCGAACAAAACAGAGGCGAAGGCAGUGAUUGAUUUUGUUAAGUUUCUCCAUAAAUUCAACGGGUAUCCUUUGAACUCAAUAACAGUGUUGUCUGGAUAUCAAGGUCAAACCGCUGAGCUGCGCAAAAUGGCCAGAAAUGACCCAGAAAUUUGCACAUCACGCGAGUCUGAAAAUCGGCUCGACAUACAAACAAUCGACAUGUUCCAAGGUGACGAAAAUGAAAUAAUAAUAGUAUCCUUAGUCCGGAACAAUAACCAGAGAAAUCCUGGAUUUUUGGGAAUUCUAAACCGACGUUGUGUUGCCCAAAGUAGAUCCAAAUCUGGGGUGUAUUUCUUAGGAAACGCGCAAACAUUAUGUGGACGAGAAAAAUCUGAGGCGUCGGCAGUGUGGAAGCCUUUCUUGGACCAACUCAGAAAUGACGGAUGUGUUGACGACAAAAUAACUCUUAAGUGUCGCAACCAUGAAAACAUUAAAAUUGAGCUUAGUGUCGGUGACCGUUUUCCAACUGCACCUUUCUGCUCAACUAUUUGUGACGUUUUGAUGCCUUGCGGAGAGCAUCGCUGUGAGCUGAAAUGUCAGCCUUAUCAUUCUGAUCAAAUUCACGAGACGUGCAAGAAGAGAGUUAAUUUUAUGCACCAAUGUGGCAAGCACAUGGGUGUAAAGAUGUGCUACGAAGAUGAGACAUCCUUUCGCUGUCCAAAUCCCUGCACGCAUAUCUAUCAUGAAAAAGAUCCUAAUUUAGGAUCCCACCUAUGCGAGGCUAUUUGCGGAUCCGUUCAUUCCCACAAUUAUUGUCUGAAGCAAAUCGAUUUUCUCUGCCCAGAUAACGGUCAUCCACUGAGUCGAAAAUGUUUCCAGGAGGAAUCGCAAAUUAAAUGCAAAAAAUCUGUCGAGUUUACGUACAGUUUCUGCAAUGUGCACAAAGACAAAAAAUUAUGCUUUGAGAAAGCAUCUGCCAAGGAAUGUAGACACAAAUGCUUGAAGAAAAUGGAACCAUGCGGACACAAUUGUCCCGAAAGAUGUGAACCUGAUCACCAUCAUCAUCGCGGACUCGUCAAAUGUAAGCAUGAAGUUAAGUUCUCUUGCCCUGAAUGUGGAAACACCUUGACUAGAUUGUGCUACCUACAAGAACACGAGAUCCAAUGCGAAAAACAAGUCGAGUUCAUUUAUCCAAAGUGCGGAAGGCAUAAGGGCUUAAAGCUGUGUUACCAAAAAACCGAAGAUCAAAUAUGUCCGGAAACAUGUGACCUCACGUUAGUUGAUUGCCGACACAUGUGUAAGCAGCCUUGCAGUCUGCCACAUGGACAUGACGCAAAGUCUUCGAAGUGCAAAGAGAACGUUGAGUUCAAACAUUCUUGUGGACAGGCGCUGCUGAGAAAAUGCUGUCAGGAGGAAAGCGACAUAACGUGUAGUGGUCCUUGUAAGAGGCUUCUGAAAUGCGGUCAUAGCUGCUACAAAACAUGCCAACCGGCUCAUAGACACAAAACGGACCCAAGUCUUAUUUGCAAACAGAAAGUAAAAGAGCCUUGUCCCAAAUGCAGCAACCUUUUGAUGAGAGAAUGCCACCAAGCAUUGAGUGACAUAAAAUGCAGUGCGACUUUGGACUUCAAUUUCUCAAAAUGCGGACACCCUUAUCAGCGAAAAUGUCACGAAAAAGAGGAAAGUUUUUCGUGUCGGGCUGAAUGUAAAAGCUCCCAAACAAAAUGUGAGCACGUUUGUGAAAAAGAGUGCGGUUCUGUUCAUAAACACGAUUCUUCUGAUUGCCAAGCGACAGUUGAGUUUGUUCAUACAUGUGGGUCCAAACUUACUCGCAAGUGCAACCAAGCUGAGGAAGAUAUACCAUGCCGCAACAACUGUCCUGAAAAGAUGCCAUGUGAUCACAAUUGUGUGAAAACAUGCAGACCUAAGCAUUCACAUGAUUACCCGUGUGCACAUCAAGUCACUUUCGACUGCAACAAGUGCGGUGCAAACUUGCACAAAAAGUGUUUUGAAGACCAAAAUAAAGUGAAAUGCAAUGGAAAAAUGCAGCGACAUUGUGAAAAAUGUGGGGCUCACAGUACAGGUCCGUGCGUGAAAAGUGACAAAAGAUUCUUUUGUCAGUUACCAUGUGUGAAAAAACACAGCGAGUGCGGAAACACUUGUUCACAGAAAUGCCACGAAGAUUGUGCACACGUGAAGUGCAAACCGUGCGAAGAGGAAAAAAGAGAAAAGGAGAGGCAAGAACAGAAAUUGAGAGAAGAGCGACAAAAGCAGGAAAUUAAUCAAAAACGAGAUGAGCUCAAAAAAUUCGCAAGCAGUAUGCAAUCAGCACGGCUGGCUAAAGUGUAUAAAUAUUCGAUUGACCCAAAAAACUCAGAAACCAGUGAAGAAUAUUUUACCAUGAAGGAUCAAGCCAUCAAAUACCUGACAGUAAAACCAGGAUUAUUGGUGAAAAUUAAAAAUGUCGUAAAAGUUCAUAAUGCUAUGGCCCAAAAACGGUUGGUUGAAAACCAAAUCAAGCUCAUUGAUCCUCGAAAUAGACAGACAAUGUGCUUUUUCACUGCUGCAAAACCUUCUGAGAUUGAAAACUUUGUCAACACAGGGUUUCAUUCAAAGUUCAAUAAAACGAAAACGGGAAAAUAUUCAAAAACACCUCUUGGACGUGUGGAGUUUUCUACGUUGAGUCAAGAAGUUUACUCAAAAAACGAAGGAUUCAUUUUCACUGUGCUUAUCUGUGACGUGCUUAUUGGAAAAUGUAGGGCUUACAAACCUGGACAAAACAUCCCAUUGGACGUCAAAGGUCUGGGAGCAGGUCAAUUCGACUCAGCUUUUAUUCCAAGCAACAAUGGAAUUUGUGAAUAUUUCAUAUAUAACCCGUUUUACAUUGCCAUCAAAGGGUAUGUUAGCUUCACUCUUGACCAAGACGUAAAAUUGUUGGCAUCGGAUACGAGAGAAGAAUGGCGAACCGGAAAGUUUCAAAAGAUCGAAUUGAAAGCCAGUCGCGAAUUUGAUAUGAACGAUUCCCGUGAAAAGUACUUUAGAAUUGCCGAAGCUCAUUUUCUGCGACUUGCUCGAAGAGAUCAACGCGAAAAAACGAUUGAUUAUGUUGAUAUGUAUAUCAACCCAGAACUAGAAACAAAGUAUAAUGCAAAGAAAGCUCAAUUAGCUGAGGUUAGAGGUCAAAAUAUGUCCAAAGAAAUCUUAGUGUUUCACGGAACUCCGAUGACUGACCCAGAGCCAAUUAUGAAACAAAACUUCAGGUUGGACAAGAUACAACGAACGGCACAUGGAUACGGAAUCUAUUUUUCAGAGUUUCCAGACGUCUCCAUUGCAUAUGCAGGUGGUCGAGGAACACUAAUCAUGGCACGAAUUCUAGGCGGAAAGCAAAUUAAGGCCAAUGAGUGUUCUGUUAUGAAACACAACAGCAAAGAAAUUUGUCGGCAGCAUGACUCCCAUUUGGUUGAACCAGAUGGCAAAGAAAAUUACUCCAAAAUGGUGAUUAUUCAAGAUGUCGAUCAGAUUCUUCCUCUGUUCAACAUUCACUGGAAAAUGUCUUAAAACUAAUAAAAUCUUCCCUGCUCCGUGACCAUUAAAUUUUCUCUCCUAUUAUUUAAAUCUGUACAUA